AUGGAUAAUAGUAAUAAUAAUAAUAAAACUAACAUUAUCUCGGGAAUUCAUCAAGAAAACGUAAUUGCUCAAAAUGACUUAUCAUACAGUUGGAUUGAAGAUAAUAAUAUUCCGUUAACAGAAGAAGAUAUUAAAGCCAUGUUUCUAGAAGGUUACGAAAAAAUUCAACAUCACCCGUGCUCUGUGUUUCCUUUAAGUAAUGAUUCCAAUGCUCAUAAUGGGUCUUCUGUUUCAGAGGAUAUUGAAGGAUUUAGUAGACAAGAGAUAUCGACUACACCAUUUGCAUCUGAUUGGAUGGAUGCAACGUUAGACGAAACAAGGCCAAGAAGUCACUUAUGGCCUCCUCCAAAAUCUGCUACAACAAUGUCGAACCUGAAUAAUAAUGACUCGAACCCAUCCAAUAAUGUGGAUUUUAAAUCAAAUGAAUAUCAUGGAACUAAUCUAGAGAAUGAAAAUCCUGAGUCCCAAGAAACAAAUCAUUUUCGAUUGGCAGACUUACAGAAUCAUGAGGAAUCUUCUAAAAGGGAAAAAAUUGAUGAUGAUGUCCAAAAACACUCAACGAUUCAUUUUAAAAAUCAAGAGGAAUCUUGUGCUAGUUCAGAGAAAAUGAAAGAAGUAAAAGUUGAGUUAUACAACCGAAAAAGUUAUCCAAGCUCAAUACAUGAUCAAAAGAUGUCUUUAAUAGGGCAAUUAAAGCAUGAUACUAUUGGAAUCUCACAUUAUUUAUACUUUUGUGCAGUUAAUCAAGUUAGUCCAAUGAAAUAUGUUGUUGAAAAUCUCAGUAAAGAAAAAUUAACUUUACAAUAUCGUGGAUUGGGAACACUGGAGUUUAAGUUAAUUGCAGAAGCUUUACGACAUAAUACAACGGUCACAUGGUUAGAUUUAUCAUAUAAUGUAUUGGAACUUAGCAGUCUAUCAUUUUUAUCAAAAGUCAUCAAAGAAAACACUUUUAUACAAACAUUGCUUUUAAGUGAAUGUAAAUUACGCAAAGAUGGUCUGAUGCAAUUGUACAAUGGUUUGAUAAGGAAUGCUACUAUAAAAACUCUAGAUUUAUCAGGUUGUGAUUUAGGAGAUUCUUCUUGUAGUAUGUUAGCUGAAAUUUUAACUAUGAAUCGUGUUUUGAAGAAUUUGAAUUUGGCUCGAAAUCAAAUCGGUUCUGAUGGUGCUGAACUUCUCGGUGAUGCAAUUAGUUCAAAUGAUACAUUGCUGAAAAUAGAUUUUUCAUGGAAUUCGAUUACUAAUAAAGGUGCUCUGGAUAUUGCAAUAGGAUUAAAGGAAAAUAUUCGUAUCAAAAUUUGUUAUUUAUCAUGGAAUGGAUUUUGUGGCAUAUCUGGAUUGGAAAUUGCACAAAUAAUCAAAGAAAAUACAACACUAGAAGAAUUGUAUUUGAAAUAUAACCGAAUAACUGACAAAGAAAUUGAAACUAUCGGUCAAGCGAUAUGUAUAGUGAAUGAUUCAGGCGAGACAAAGUUAAGAGUUUUGGAUGUUAGCAGUAAUCCAAUCAGUACAAAGGGAAUGUAUAAUUUUUUUAAACAGCUUUCUAAUAGUCAGAGUAUGAAACUAGAAAAGUUAAUGAUGGAGGAUAUUCCAGUUGAUUUUGAAUGUAUGCAAUUAGUUGAAUUACUUAAGAAAACUUUCACUGAAUUGUCUAUUACUCAUGGACCACAAUUGAUUGUAGGCAAUACACAAGAUGAUAUGCAAUCAGAAGGUGGUACAUUUGUUGACUUAUUAUUUCUUCUUAAAAGUCAAAUAAAGUAUAAUGGAAAAAUAUUUACCAAUGUACUCGAGAAUAUGGAUGUGAAUAAAAAAGGAGCUGUUAGUGUUUCACAAUUCAUUGAGGCAUUGAAAGUAGGUUAUUUUAUAUUGGGGAGUUAUAUGGUUUUAUUAGGUCAAUAA